GGAGUAUAACUUGUAUACUUGCAGCUUCUAGCCCUAAAUCCCACUGAAAAGUAAAACCUAAACAUAUUCCAGCUCUUUCUCUCAUUUCUCAAAUUUCACAUCUCUGCCCUUCCCACUCUCUCGUCUUCACUACUCCACUGUCGCUAAAGGAUUCUCAUUUUUUAGCAGUUUUAAUCAAGCUGUUUUUGUCUGCACCCUCUAAUGGCGGUCGAUAGAAUCUUUAAAGAUGAAGCUACUGAAGAAAAAGGAGAGCGUGCCAGAAUGGCGUCAUUUGUCGGUGCAAUGGCGAUUGCUGAUUUGGUAAAGACUACUUUAGGACCAAAGGGAAUGGAUAAAAUUUUGCAAUCAACUGGCAGAGGGCGUUCGGUUACUGUUACAAAUGAUGGGGCUACCAUCUUGAAGUCCCUUCACAUUGAUAACCCAGCUGCUAAAGUUUUAGUUGAUAUAUCAAAAGUUCAAGAUGACGAAGUUGGUGAUGGCACAACUUCAGUUGUUGUUUUGGCUGGGGAGCUUUUAAGGGAGGCAGAAAAGCUUGUGGCAACAAAGAUUCAUCCAAUGACAAUAAUUGCUGGUUUCCGAAUGGCGGCAGAAUGUGCCCGCAAUGCUUUGUUGCGUAAAGUUGUGGAUAACAAAGGGAAUGAAGAGAUAUUCAAAACAGACUUGAUGAAGAUUGCAAUGACUACUUUGAGUUCCAAAAUUUUAUCACAAGAUAAAGAGCAUUUUGCUAAACUGGCUGUGGAUGCUGUCUUGAGGCUUAAGGGGAGCACAAACUUAGAAUCCAUUCAGAUUAUCAAAAAGCCUGGAGGAUCACUGAAGGAUUCUUUCUUGGAUGAAGGAUUCAUUCUUGACAAGAAGAUUGGUGUUGGGCAACCAAAGCGUAUAGAGAAUGCAAAUAUUUUGGUGGCAAAUACUGCCAUGGACACUGACAAAGUGAAGAUCUAUGGGGCACGUGUUCGUGUCGAUUCAAUGUCUAAAGUUGCUGAAAUUGAGGCAGCUGAGAAGCAGAAAAUGAGAGAAAAGGUGGAUAAGAUAAUAGCCCAUGGAAUUAACUGCUUUGUUAACAGGCAAUUGAUUUACAACUUCCCAGAGGAACUUUUUGCAAAUGCUGGAAUACUUGCAAUUGAGCAUGCGGAUUUUGAUGGAAUUGAACGCUUGGGCUUAGUAACUGGUGGUGAAAUAGCAUCAACCUUUGACAAUCCUGAGUCAGUUAAGCUUGGCCAUUGCAAGCUAAUUGAGGAAAUUAUGAUUGGUGAAGACAAGUUGAUACACUUUUCAGGUGUUGCAAUGGGUCAGGCAUGUACAAUAGUUCUGAGAGGAGCAAGCCACCAUGUGCUUGAUGAGGCAGAAAGAUCUCUGCAUGAUGCAUUAUGUGUGCUGUCUCAGACAGUAAAUGACAGCAGGGUUUUAUUCGGAGGUGGAUGGCCAGAGAUGGUGAUGGCUAAAGAUGUUGAUGAGCUGGCCCGAGCAACUCCUGGAAAGAAAUCCCAUGCUAUUGAAGCUUUCUCAAGAGCCCUGAUUGCAAUUCCAACUACAAUUGCAGAUAAUGCUGGUUUAGACAGUGCUGAAUUGAUUGCACAGCUCCGAGCAGAGCACCAGAAGGAAGGAUCCACCGCAGGAAUUGAUGUUAUCACCGGAACUGUAGGAAAUAUGGCUGAACGUGGAAUUUGCGAAGCAUUCAAAGUUAAGCAGGCCGUACUAUUGUCUGCAACUGAGGCAGCUGAAAUGAUUCUGAGAGUCGAUGAAAUUAUUACCUGUGCCCCACGAAAGAGAGAAGAUAGAAUGUGAGAGGAUUAGGUGUAUGUUUUGGGUCGGACUAAGACAUUUGUUGUACUUAACUUUCUUGGAAGAUAGAAUAUGAGGAUUAGGAUUCCUCGGAAUUUUUGUUUUUCAGUUGUGUUAAGGAAGUGAACUGGUAUUUCUAAAUCCGGAGUGGGUCGAUAUCAAGUUUAUCUUUUUGAGUGUUGUCUGA